UCCUCUCGCAAAGUAAUGGACGAACACAGCAGCCGUGCUUCAGCCUUCUGUUGCCGAGCUAAUCAAAUCAGAAAGGGUAGAAUUAAAAUUAUCCGUCCAGAGAUCGUACUCACCUGUCACGAUACAGAGUAGAUUGGGCCUCUAACGGGACAGACAAUAUAGUGCAAAGGAAAUGCUUCCUUUUAUGCUCCCAGUGAAUGAAUGACAUACUAAGGAUUGUACCUAUUCCACCAAUAAUUAGAAUGAAAAAAGCAUCGCGCUCGCCAGAUUUAUAAGCAAACAGGAGGAUUCCCUCAGCUGUCGACCAUCCAGUGUUGCAUAUGAUUGGCCUACUUCCAAGUGCUCCCACCACUAUGCUCUGAUCCCAGUUAUAAUAUUCUUCUCUUUUCCGCCGCAGGACAGCAACGCCAUUUAGGCAAAGCAUUCUCGACAUGAAAGCCCAGAACCACCGCUCCCACCAUCACUCGGCCGACGCCGACUCAGCCGCCGCGGGUUCCACCGCCUCCGCCACACGAGCUGCAGAGGGCCACGUGCCUCACCAAGACAACCAUAUUCCACACCAUCUUCCGCCCGCCAGGUGGCACCCCGACGACCCUUCGGCCGCUCUUGUCCGCCUCAUGUGCAGCUACGGCGGUCGUAUCCUCCCCCGCCCCCACGACAACCAACUCCGCUACGUCGGCGGUGAGACCCGCAUCGUCGCCGUUCCCCGCUCCGCCUCCUUCGCUGAUCUCCUCUCCCGGCUCUCCAAGUUCCUCCCUGCCGCCGCCGUUCAGCCCCCGUGCCUCAAGUACCAGCUCCCCCACGAGGACCUCGACGCCCUCGUUUCCCUCACCUCAGAUGAGGACGUUGAGAGCAUGUUCGACGAGUACGACCGUCUCGCUUCCGCCAACGUUCGAGCCCCCCGUCUUCGCCUGUUCCUCUUUCCCCCACCUUCCGUAGCCUUCGGCUCCGUCGUCGACGCCCCGGGCUCGACCCGUGACCAGUGGUUUGUCGAUGCCCUCAACGGCCAAGGAGCCGGCGCGGCAUCUGGCCCGCCGUCCCUCGAGCGCGGCCGCUCAGAGGCGUCCUCCAUCGUCUCCGAGGUCCCUGAUUACCUCUUCGGCCUCGACACCAACUCGCCGCCUGCCAAACCCGUGGUUCAACCGGCCUCUUCGGAGCCGGGCUCGCCCUUCUCCGCCUCAUCUCAGCUGUCGGUUCCCCCAAUCCCCGAUCUCCCACCCGUCAAAACCAAGCUGCACGUGGAGGAAACCGGGUUCAACACGGUCGAACCGAUUGCGAUGGAGCAGGCCGGAUUGGUACCUAACCCGGUCCUAUCGUAUGCCCCUGAGCCGGUCCCGGUUUUCUACAUGCCGCCAUCUGUCCAUGGCGGGAGCUUAACGAUGCAACAGCUUCCAAUUCCGGUCCAAUACAUGCCUCCGCUCCGUGCCGUGGCUGACAGUCAGCUUCCGUUGGGCUUCCAGCCAUCGUUCCCGGCGGUGGCAGCCAAGCCAAUCAAAGGCGCUCCGGUUUACGUGGGUGGCCCUCCAAUCGGACCGGGGGCCCUCGUAGGUGGUGGAUUCGAGUAUCCGGUGGGGGCGGAGUCGUUCGAGGUACCAGGGAGAGUGUCGAUCCCGGUGUAUCAAGCGACUGGAGUGACUGUGGUCGGAGAAGCCGAAGCCGCGGCAGCCAGUCGCCAGACGAGGGUGGGACGACAGACACAAUGAACCUGGUUCCAUAAAGGUAGAACAGUUUGCGGGAUCGUGGUUUAUGCGUUGUUAGUUUGAAUUAUUUGGACUAUAUCAGUUCUUGAAUUCGUCAUGUUGUUGUAUUUGGGGAUUGCAUCGUUUGCGAGUUGCUAUAUACGAUCUGUCUGACGAAUUGUGUGUA